AUGGCAGCAACAAUGCAGACAAUUCGAUCGAAGACCACAAAAUCUGCCAGGUGGUCGAAAAGACGACGUGAACGAAAACAAGUUCUGGAAGAACUUCGCAAAAUAGUUCCAUUUGUUAACGCUCAUACACCACUGCUUGAAUUAUUACAGAAAGUCAUUGAUUACAUUACUGAACUUCAGGAACUUCUCAAUAAUUCUUCUAUGGCUGCAAUUGAAAGUAAGGAAAAUCUGUCACCAUGGAAGAUAAAUGAAGCAAACUGUAAAAUAUAUAAUUAUCCUUGUGCCUACUAA